AUGGAUCUACAAUAUGGAGAUGGGUCACAUAAAAUAUUCGGAAUGGAGAAUUUUGGAAAUACUUGUUAUUGUAACUCAAUUCUUCAAUGUUUAUAUUAUACUGAAAAUUUUCGAAUCCAAUUGGUAAAACAUAAAUUAACAACUCAUGAUCAAAAAUUAAAAGUUUCAGGAGUUAAACCACAUGGAUUCACCACGAAAUAUGAUCAAUUGGUACAGAAAAGGUUAAGAGAACAAGGUAAAACAAAUGAAGAACGUCCAAAAUCAAAUAGGAAAGGUUCAAUUUUUGGUUUAAAAUUUAAUUCACCAUCUGUAAAUGUUGUUGAAAAUAAAAAUAAUUAUAUUAUUAAAGCUAAAAAUUGUGAUUCCAUAUCAUUAGAACAAAGGAUCAAGAUAAGUAAGUCAAGAGAAUUUCAGAAAUUAGAUUUAUUUGUAACUAGACCAUCAAAUCAAGUUGUGAAACAAAGUAAUCGAAAUGAUUAUUCGCAAAGUUCAUCGAUGUUAUUAAAUGAUGUACAACAGCAAACAGAUCAAGAAGGAUCUAUAAAUUCAAAUUCAAGUGUUAUAAUAGUGGGCAUACCUAAACCAGAAAUAAAUUUAUUAAAUCCAGUAAAUCCGUUUAAUGCUAACCCAAAUUCAGAUCAAAGGAAAAGAUCAGCUUUAAUAAAUGGGCCUAUUAUUAAUCUAGAUACUUCAUUACAAUUACCUACUGAGCAAAAAGACUUCACUGCGUUAUUAUAUGCUCUAAAAGAUUUAUUUGAGAGUAUGAUUGAAAAUCAAUCAACAAUUGGAGUUGUAUCACCAAAUUACUUUAUAGCCAAGCUUAAAGAGAAGAACCACUUAUUCAGACAAAAUAAUAUGCAUCAUGAUGCUCAUGAGUUUUUCAAUUAUCUAAUUAAUGAAAUUAUAGAAAGUCUAAACAAAGUAAUUGGUGUUGAAAAUAAUUGGUGUAAUGAUAUAUUUCAAGGUUUAAUAACCAAUGAAACUAAAUGUUUAUUAUGUGAAACAGUUACUUCCAAACAUGAAUUUUUCUUAGAUUUAUCAAUUGAUAUACCCCCAGGAGAAGGAGCAUAUUCAUUAAAUCAUUCAUUAAAUAAUUUUUCCAAAAUGGAGACAUUAACAAAUCAAAAUAAAUUUUAUUGCAAUACAUGUUCAUCAUUACAAGAAGCAGUAAAGACAAUUAGGUUAAAGAAAUUACCACAAGUAUUAGUUAUCAAUCUAAAAAGGUUUAAAUAUGACGAAGUUAAAGAUAAAAUGGUCAAAUUGUUUGAUUCAAUAAGUUAUCCUCCCAAAUUAAGAUUAUUCAGUACUUCAGAUGAACAACAUUUAUUAUAUGAAUUAUAUGCAUUGGUUAUUCAUAUUGGAGGAGGUCCCAUGCAUGGUCAUUAUGUAUCAAUAUGUAAAAUUAAAGCAGGUCUUUGGUUAUUAUUUGACGAUGAAACAGUUGAAUUAGUUGAAGAUUCAUAUGUAAUGAGAUUUUUUGGAAAUGGACCAGGUUUAGCUAGUGCAUAUAUAUUAUUUUAUCAAAAAUGUGUUGAAAAUGAAGAAUAUGGAUUUGAUCCAGAUUCAAUUUAUACUGGAGACGAUAAUUCAAUAUUAUCAAUGGAUGAUAUAGAAGAUUUACCAAAUAAUGUAGAAGUUGAAAGUGAAAAUUCAUCAAUUGCAUCAAGUGAACCACCACCAAAGAAGGAUGUUUUUAAGAAUUUCAAAUUUACAAAUGGAGAUGAAGAAUCAACAGGUAAAAAAUCAUGGGUAGGAUCAUUAAAACGGAAAGAUCCACCACCUCCGUUAGAAAGAAAUGCUUCAACGAGUUCCACAACAAGUCAAACUGAGAAAAGAAAGAGUAUAUUUGGAUUUAGAAAAAAAUAG